CCUAGGUUAUUCAAUUGGUUCAAUUUCUGUUUUCUUGUAGUUUCGUCCUUUGCGACAGAUUCCCACCAGUUUAAUCUGGACGGUGAUGUAAUGGCGCUGUGCACAAACGGUCGGAUCACAUGACGAAAUCCCCUGCGGAUGGAAACAACACGACAGAUCCACCCGCAUCCACUGCCUCCUGAUCUCGCAAGAUCGCAAGCUUCCCCCCAUCGCACCAAACCCAUUGACCAAAAAAGAAAGGAAAAAAAAGCCCCGAAAAACCCGUCCCGUCCCGCAAACGGCACCAUCAAGCUCCUCCUCCCCCUCCCACAGCGAAAUUUGCCCCGCCCCCGCUUCAGCUCCUGUGGGCGUUGUGGGCCAGUUCCCACGAUGGACGCAUGCGACCUUGCAUCCGCCCUCGUGGCGCCCCUGAAAAAAAGGUUCUGCGCUCGGGAUAUUACUAAAGUCAAUGGCCUUUCCCGAGGGUUGACGUGGGCUAGUGAUGCGAGCGGCGGGAAGGGCAUUGUCGAUCUCAGGGAUGUCUUGCGGGUGUGGUGGCACGGGGAGGAUCACCAUGACGACAUCUGGGGGAGCUUGGACGGGACGGGACGGGACGCUGUGUGUUGUCGAAUAUGUUCAUUUAGUAUGCAGAUGUGUACCCGGGUGUUUAUGUACUUGAUCCAUAUAUGCACAGCCCUUGGCCCGUCCAUGAUUCCGUAAUCGCCAUCCAUGAUAUUCCCCAUAUAUACUCCGAAAUGAAUCCUUUGCUUUGUCGUACAUGCCGGGUUGGGGUCGCCAUUCAACCGUG